AUGACGGACAAUCAUACAGAGGCCAACGCCUCAACCACUACGAAAUCUCCCAUUGAGCGCAAGCCCGUGGGAGGCAUCCCUCCUGAGAGUCCUUCCGUCGAACGAGCCCCGACUCUUCCUCCACGACCAGAGCAGGACCCUGACGGAAAGACCUCUGAAGCUCCAAAAUGCGAUACUUGCUCUGCACCUAAGAAGGCUGGCUCUACAAGAAGCAAAUCUCCUCCUACACCGAUCAAGGUCGACAAGACACAGCCCGAAGACUUCGAAGGCGAACUUGCGACCAAUAACGACCUACCGUCCGUCGAAACCCUCAAGAAGAUCGAAAACUACAUCGUUCUCGACAGACACGGAAAAUCACACCCCUUCAAGACCCUUUACACUGGUAGCAACGUUGCACGACGCGUGCUCAUCAUCUUUGUUAGACAUUUCUUCUGUGGCAACUGCCAAGAGUUUCUGCGCUCUUUAUCCGAGGCUAUCACUCCUGAAGCUCUCUUGCGCCUACCAGUGAGCACAUUCAUUGCGGUCAUUGGAUGUGGCGAUCCUGCGCUCAUUGAUAUGUAUGUCAAUGAGACAGGAUGUCGCUUUCCUGUGUAUACCGAUCCGACGAGGUCCCUUUUCGACGCCCUUGGCAUGUCAAAGACGCUGCAACUAGGCAGCAUAGUUCAAGGAGUGAAGCAGAUUCCAACCGGCAACGUUCUCAAGAUGGGUGACCAGCGCCAAGUCGGUGGCGAGUUCCUCUUUGAACCACGAGACAUCCUCACACCCGUCUCAACACCCCGAGACGAAAUGGCGAAGCCUAUCAGCGCAUUCGAAGAAGCAGAAGAACGAGGCCCAGACCGCGAUGGGAACGAGGAGAAGAGAGUCACAUGGUGUCAUCGCAUGAAGACGACACGCGACCACGCUGAGAUUCCUGAGCUCAUUGAAGUGCUGGGUCUAGACCAGACUGCUACCGCUGGACGGGAUGUGAGCCGUGGUUCGAUAACUUCAGCGCGCAAGGGCAAGGGGCGUAGCAUGGCGCAAGAGAUUCGCAAGCUGAGCGCGGAACGAUCUAGGACAUCGAACGAAACAUAA